AUUGUCAAAUUCAAACUUCCAUUUCAAACAAACAAGCAAACUUUGCUUGUAUUCUUUUCUCUAGAAAUUUCUCCAAUAGAAUAAAUGAAUUAAAUUUUUUUUUUUUUUUUUUUUGACUAUAUAUACCUGUUUUAUAUGGUGGGGAUAUACACCAACAGGGCAUCACCUGCUUCUGGGCUUUGCUUUGGUGUUAUUGUACUGAUACCCCCAUCUCCUUUUUUCUCAAAAAUAUGGCUGAAGAAACCCCCAAAUCCAUUUAUGAUUUCACUGUUAAGGACAUUCGCGGAAAUGAUGUGCCCCUGGGCAAUUACGGUGGGAAGGUGCUUCUAAUAGUGAAUGUUGCUUCGAAAUGUGGUUUAACACAAUCAAACUACAAAGAAUUGAACAUUUUAUAUGAAAAAUACAAAGACCAAGGUUUGGAGAUCUUGGCAUUUCCUUGCAACCAGUUUGGUUGGCAAGAGCCAGGAACUAAUGAGGAGAUUCAGGAAACUGCCUGCACUAUGUUCAAAGCCGAGUUCCCAAUAUUUGAUAAGAUUGAUGUGAAUGGAAAGAAUGCAGCACCCCUCUACAAGUACCUAAAAUCAGAGAAAGGUGGGCUGCUCGUAGACGGCAUCAAAUGGAACUUCACUAAGUUUUUGGUGAACAAAGAAGGGAAGGUUGUAGAGAGAUAUGGUCCUAGGACAUCACCUUUACAAAUUGAGAAAGACAUACAAAAUUUGUUGGGUUCUUCUUGAACAUGAAGGUUUGAUGUGGACUUGCAAAAGCAAACUGGUGUUGCUUUUGGAUUCCAGGGAUUUUGAUGAUUUCUGUGUUUAUGUGUUGCUUUACAUUUAAAGUUUUAACUAUAAGUCUGGUUCCAUAUGUAAAAGAGGUCUUUGUUAUUUGUUAGUGGUGUCAUGUUUAUGUUUAUCAUCCCUGGUUGUAGUUGGAUAAAUAAGAAACUCAAAAUCAUUACUCUC